AUGCAUAACUCAGAGAAAGAAGAGGAAAAAUAUGAGAAUCAGGAAAAGUAUGACUACGACUUGGGGGAAAGAAGGUCAGCCCAUCUUCAGGCUAAAGGGAGAAUUAAUUAUGAGAAAAAUGAGUUUAAACAGGUUAAUACCCCCCUUCGGGAAAUAUAUGAACUUGAUGAGGAAGAGGAUUUGAAGGAUAACCCUAAAGAUGAAGAUUUCCAGGUGAAGGAUGAAGAGAAGAAUGAUAACUCCAAUAAGGAUAUGGAGGAAGAAGAGGAACUACGGAAUGGGAGGAGUAAUUUUGAAAGUGAACCCGAGGAUGAAGAGGAAAGGGAGGAUGAGAGUAGUAAAACGAAAACUAAACAUGAUUCCCUGCUUAGAAGCCCAGUGGACCCUUACAAUUCAGAAGAAGAUGAAAUGGUUAAAUUCUCUCCCAUGUCUACAGAUCAUGAUGAAAGUUAUAAGAUGAAGGGAAUUCAGAGGAAUAAAAAGAAGAAGACUAAGAGGGGCGAGUACGAGCUGAAUGAGGAGGAGGACACAAACCAGGAUGAUACAUGGAUUUAG